GGCCGCCAGCACUAAAGAUGGAGAGGCGCCGGGGCCUCGCAGGGGAGGGGGCUCGGCGUUGACGUGGGACGCGGCGGAGGCGCCGCAGCCGGUGGUGAUUUGCUAACCUCGCAGCAGAGAGGAGUUGAGGGCGAUGAGAGCGGGUACUGCGAACUGCCGGGCGAUGCCGCCGCUGCCGCCGUGAUACCGAGAGCAACAGUUCCCAGCAACACCCUUCCCCGACACAGGCCCCCCCCCCCCCCCCAAGAGGCACGCACACCCACCCCCAGCGCCCGGCUCGGCAGCGCCCUCUCGGUUGGCCCAGGAAACCCACCCAGCCCCGUCACGCAGAGCCAGGAAGGAAAGAGAGCCUCAUGCCUGAGCCGAGGGGAGCACCAUGGAUCUGACAAAGAUGGGCAUGAUCCAGCUGCAGAACCCCAGCCACCCCACGGGGCUCCUGUGCAAGGCCAACCAGAUGCGUCUGGCCGGGACGCUGUGCGAUGUGGUCAUCAUGGUGGACAGCCAGGAGUUCCAUGCCCACCGGACCGUGCUGGCCUGCACCAGCAAGAUGUUUGAGAUCCUCUUCCACCGCAACAGCCAGCACUAUACUCUGGACUUCCUCUCGCCAAAGACCUUCCAGCAGAUUCUGGAGUAUGCGUACACGGCCACACUGCAAGCCAAGGCGGAGGACCUGGAUGACCUACUGUAUGCAGCCGAGAUCCUAGAGAUCGAGUACCUGGAGGAGCAGUGCCUGAAGAUCCUGGAGACCAUCCAGGCCUCAGACGACAAUGACACGGAGGCCACCAUGGCGGACGGCGCGGCCGAGGAGGAGGAGGACCGCAAAGCUCGGUACCUCAAGAACAUCUUCAUCUCGAAGCAUUCCAGCGAGGGGAGUGGGUACGCCAGUGUGGCUGCUCAGAGCCUCCCUGGACCCAUGGUGGACCAGAGCCCUUCCGUCUCCAGCUCAUUUGGUCUCUCGGCCAUGAGUCCCACCAAGGCUGCGGUGGACAGUUUGAUGACCAUAGGACAGUCUCUCCUGCAGGGAACUCUUCAGCCUCCCGCAGGGCCUGAGGAGCCAGCUCUGGCCGGGGGUGGCAGGCACGGUGGGGUGGCCGAGGUGAAGACGGAGAUGAUGCAGGUGGAUGAGGUGCCCGGCCAGGACAGCCCUGGGGCCACCGAGUCCAGCAUGGUGGGCGCGGUCGGGGACAAGGUUGAGGAGAGGAGCAAAGAAGGGCCCGGGACCCCAACUCGCAGCAGCGUCAUCACCAGCGCUCGGGAGCUGCAUUAUGGGCGCGAGGAGAGCGCCGAGCAGCUGCCGCCCCCGGUCGAGGCUGCCCAGGGCCCCCCCGGCCGACCGGAGCACCCUGCGCCCCCGGCCGAGAAACACCUGGGCAUCUAUUCUGUGUUGCCCAACCACAAGGCCGACGCCGUGCUGAGCAUGCCGUCUUCAGUGACUUCUGGCCUCCACGUGCAGCCUGCCCUGGCCGUGUCCAUGGACUUCAGCACCUACGGGGGGCUGCUGCCCCAGGGCUUCAUCCAGAGGGAGCUGUUCAGCAAGCUGGGGGAGCUGGCUGUGGGCAUGAAGUCAGAGAGCCGGACCAUCGGGGAGCAGUGCAGUGUGUGUGGGGUGGAGCUUCCUGACAACGAGGCCGUGGAACAGCACAGGAAGCUGCACAGUGGGAUGAAGACGUACGGGUGUGAACUCUGCGGAAAGCGGUUCCUGGAUAGUUUGCGACUAAGAAUGCACUUACUGGCUCAUUCAGCGGGUGCCAAAGCCUUUGUCUGUGACCAGUGCGGAGCCCAGUUUUCGAAGGAGGAUGCCCUGGAGACCCACAGGCAGACCCAUACUGGCACGGACAUGGCUGUCUUCUGUCUGCUGUGCGGGAAGCGUUUCCAGGCUCAGAGCGCGCUCCAGCAGCACAUGGAGGUCCACGCGGGCGUGCGCAGCUACACCUGCAGCGAGUGCAACCGCACCUUCCCCAGCCACACCGCCCUCAAACGUCACCUGCGCUCGCACACAGGCGACCAUCCCUACGAGUGUGAGUUCUGUGGCAGCUGCUUCCGGGACGAGAGCACGCUCAAGAGCCACAAACGCAUCCACACGGGCGAGAAACCCUAUGAGUGCAAUGGCUGUGGCAAGAAGUUCAGCCUCAAGCACCAGCUGGAGACGCACUAUAGGGUGCAUACAGGUGAGAAGCCCUUUGAGUGUAAGCUGUGCCACCAGCGCUCCCGGGACUACUCGGCCAUGAUUAAGCACCUGCGCACGCACAACGGCGCCUCCCCCUACCAGUGCACCAUCUGCACGGAAUACUGCCCCAGCCUCUCCUCUAUGCAGAAGCACAUGAAGGGCCACAAGCCCGAGGAGAUCCCGCCCGACUGGAGGAUAGAGAAGACUUACCUCUACCUGUGCUACGUGUGAGGCAAGACGGCGGCAGUGGCGGGGGAGCGGGCAGCCGGGAGAGAAGAGUUAGGGCAGGAUGAAGUCGAGGAAGGACUGUGGAAAAAAAAAAGAAAGAAAAAGACAAAAAAAAGGAAAUAGAAAAAAAGAAAAAAAAAAGAGAGAGAGAAGAAAAAGGAAACCUGAUAGCUGUCUGGCCUCGGACUCUCUCUGGGGCUCCCAAGUGACCUGGAUGCCCCGCCACCACCCCUCCCCGGCGGCCUCUGUCCCUCCUCCCUGGCUGGAGGUUGGCUUCAUUUUCUUGGGUUGGGGUGAGCAUGGUUUGUUUAGCUCACUUGGUGGUAUAUUUUUCUCUUCCCUCCACCCAGACCCUCCUUUUGCAUCCAGAAGUGGAGGCUAGGGAGGGGGUGAGGGGUGCUGUGGUCAGAGCCAAACAAUCUUUGCCUGUCGCCCUCAGAGGGAGGGGGCCCGCAGGUGGUGGGGCUGGGUUGGGUCACAGUCACUAGUCGAUGGUCACAUGGCAGCUCUGGGGGCAGAGUGGAGUGGGAGGGGCUCUCCUUCCCUCCCACCACUCAGUUCAUUUGUUGCCCCCCCCCCCCAGCUCUGCCGCUUGGGGUGUCCCCUCAAGGUGUUCAGCAGCCUCAUGGCUCUUGCCCGUCCCGCAGCUCCUUGCUCCCUGCCUCCAAGAGGCCCCUCCCAAGUGCAGGGGUGCCCAGCCCCUCAUGCAUCAGGCAGCGCCUUCCCUCCUGGCUUAGCUCCCUAGCUGGGAAGCUGCAUUGGACUCCACAGCCCCCUCACCCCACCCUCCGCUUUCUGAGAACACAAAAUAAACGGAGUACCCCACCCUAGUCAAGCCCUGUCAUGAGCGAGGUUCCUGCUGAGCUGCUUUCGCUUCCAAAAUGGGAAAACAUAACUAACCCUAUACCGUCCCACCAAGCAAACCAACACCAAUCCCUACCACCCCUAUUUCAGGCCCUAGGAGAAGGCGUCCGUGAAAGGGCUCAUUGUCCGAGGGAAGGAUGUGCCCAGAUGUGUCCUACACCUGGAGAAGGGGACGCCCUGACCGGGGAUUGGGCUAGCUGGUUGAGGGUGGGGACCCCAGCCCUGGUCCAGAGAGCAGCACAGAGUUCCUGGCUCUCAGGGCAACACCCCCCCCCCCCCCCCCCCCGCAAGUUCCCAGGGAGGAGGAAGGAGAGGAGGAAGAGGAGUAGAAAGCGCUUUGGCCCUUAUGUAAAUGUUUUGCUUCUUUUCUGUGUCCCCUGUUCCCCUGUUAGCACAUUGUACUUGAAUUACCUCAGUUUUUUGUGACCUCAUGAGCUUUUUUAACCCCUGUAUCUCUUUUUUGGUUGGGGGUUGGAGGAAUGGGGAGGACGUUCUUUUCUGUUUCUUGUAUAAAUUAAUAGUUGGUUUAGUAGACUUCAGCUGGCCACGGCCCUUUGCCAUCCCAGCUGGACAGAGCUGGACGGAAGGAGUGGAGUACUCAGGAUCAGGACGUGAGAGCCGGGGUCAGCAGAAGGUGGGCGAAAGGGAGAGUGUGUCAGGGGCACUCUGGAGUCACCGUUGGCUCUGCCCAGGGCCUCCCAGAGUCCUCUGUACCCAGCAAGGGUUCAGCCUAAAACACUCUGGAGAAGAUCCUACCUUUCUUAGAAUUUGCUGGGACCUUUGGGCCUGGGGGCCUGUAUUAUUCAGAUCCCUGCAACCGUGUGGCCCCGCCUCUGUGUGCAUUAUCAUUGCCAAAAUGGGUCUCUUUUGCAGGGCUGGCGUGGGGAUGAGCCGGCCUCUGUUUUGUUGCGUUAGGGUGGGGGUGUUGUUUUUCUAAAAGCUACCUCUUAUGUUCCUCCAGUUCUUUUGUUCCCUUGCUGCCUCCCUUUCUGCUGCUCUGUUUCCCUCCUUCCCCCCAACCUCCCCCCCUGAAUUUUGGAAAGCACGUUUGCAAUAUUUGGUUCGCUUUGGGAUGGGCCCUCCGUUUCAUCUCAUGCUUUAUUUGUAAGAGUUGUGUUUGUUUGUUUGUUUUCUUUUUUUUUCUUUCCUUUCUCUCUCUGAGAAAGUUGUGGCUGCGUUUUUAUCUUAGGGUUUUAAAAGUGGUUUUGGGGAAGUGGUUUUGGGGAGAAGGGUUGUGAGGGCUCUAGGGAAGUCGGAGGGAUGGGUGCUGCUGUGACCACCCCCCUGUCCCCCGGCCCCGUCCCUCCUGCCCUCCCCCUGCAAUCCUGCCCACCAAAUUUGAAGGCCUUAAAAAUUGUGUUGGGGGGGGAUCGGAACUUGGGGGGACCGUGUCACUAGACUGUCGGUCGGGGAUGGUCAGGUAGGGAGGAUGCUCUUUUGCAGUUGUAAUAAUGACUUAGUGCUUUGGAAAGGACAAAAAAAGUUGAACUAUGUGACUAGAGCAGUUGUCGUGUUGAUAAUGUGAAAAGAGGCAAAUCAUCUGGGGGAGGGGCGGUCUGUAAGAAAUGUUUAUGCACUAUGCUUCCUCCCCCAGCCUGGGAAGAAGGGGGUCUGUAAACCCCCGAAAACAAUAUUUUAACAGCAAGAUCUCUUGCAACUUCGGUGGGGAAGGAAAAAAAAAAAAAAA